AUGGUUGUUGAAGAGAAAGUGUCUGCACCUAAGCCAGAGCGGCUUAUAGGGAUGCGCCAUGUGGUGGUAUUCCUCCUGUUCCUGGCCACAGUGGUGUCGUACUCGACGAGAGUCAGUAUGAGCAUUGCUAUAUUAGGAAUGACCAAACCGAAUGAACAUGGAUUUACUGUAUUCGACUGGAGUCAAUCGAUACGCGAUACAAUUCUUUCGUCUUUCUUCUGGGGUUAUAUUGUCCUGCAGAUCCCUGCUGGCAUGCUAGCUGGCAGAUUCGGAGGAAGAUUGCUGAUCCUCGUCUCAAUGCUUGUCACUGGAAUAAUUAAUAUGUUUGUGCCGAUUGCUGCAGAAAAGGGAGACUGGCAAGCAGUAUGCGCAUGUAGAAUCUUGAUGGGAUUAUUCCAGGGUCUAUUGUACCCAAGUCUUCAUGGUCUACUUGGCCAAUGGGCUCCCGCAACUGAAAGGGGUCGUAUGGGCACUAUUGUUUACUCUGGUGCACAGUUGGGUACCAUUAUAGAAAUGAUGGUAGCUGGAGUAUUGUCUGAAAGUAAGUUUGGAUGGCCUUCAGUUUACUACGUAGCAGGUGUUACGUGUAUAGGCUGGUCCAUCCUUUGGUUUAUAUUUGGCGCAUCAACCCCCAGUGCCAGCAGGUGGAUCUCGAAAGAAGAAAUGAAAUACAUUGAAUGCAAUGCUGGAUCUACUGAUAUCAGUGAGCAGAAGAAAAUGCCUACACCGUGGAAAGGCAUAUGGACUUCUUUACCUUUCUGGUCGAUUCUCCUCGCACACAGCGGGCAGAGUCUUGGAUUUUGGACUUUGCUAACUGAGAUGCCUUCGUACAUGGACAAAGUUUUAAAAGUCGACAUUAAAAGUAGUGGUUACUUAUCAGCGUUACCAUAUUUGGCCAUGUACAUCCUCAGCUUCAUAUUCAGUUGGACUGCCGAAUUUCUAGUCAAUAGAAAUAUUACAUCUCUUGCCACAUCUAGAAAAAUCUUCAACACCAUCGCGUUCUGGGGUCCGGCUGCAUCGCUACUGGCGCUGUCGUACAUCCCGCCGGGGAAUAUCGAACUAGCGGUCACCAUGUUGGUGCUCACUGUGGGACUCAACGGAGCUCAUUAUGUUGGAUUUUUGAUUUCUCAUAUCGACUUGUCACCGAACUUCGCCAGCACGUUGAUGGGCAUCACGAACGGAUGCGGCAACAUCUUCUCUAUCAUGGCUCCAUUGAGCGUUUCUGCUGUCGUAAAAGAUGAGCACAGUGCUUCAGACUGGAGGAAAGUGUUCUUUAUAUCGAUCGCCUUCUACUUCCUUAGCAACAUGUUCUUCAUUCUCUUCAUGUCGGGCAAAGUACAGGAUUGGAAUGAGCCUAAGACCAAAGCUUCUAUUGAGGAUGGAGUUAAGAAAUCCAACAGCAAGAAAGGCUCUAAAGAAGAAACUGGAGAACACAAAUUC